AUGGAACCUGCUCAACUGAUAUCUGAAGAAUGGAGUUCUCUUAGUGGACUGCAUACAGCUGAGGAAGCAGACUUUAUGGCUCAGUUGCUUGAUCACAAUGCAAAUACCAAUUUCAACUCAUACUUUCCUUCAAAUGUUACAAAUACUAAUCUUCUAUGCUUCUCCCAAAGGAGUAUCUCCAACACUGAUAGUGGUAAAAGCAUAUUUUCCACUACAAGUAGUGGAACCUACUCCUGUGAUCCAGCAACAAACUUUGACUCUUUGUCCAUGGUUUUUUGCUUGGAAGAUGCCAACUUGAGCCAACUGAUAAAUGAAAGCACUGAUGAAGAGUGGAAUAAUGAAAUGAUGGUUUCUGAACCUGUAGAAGAGGAUAGAAAGAACCCAGCAAAAAGAUUUAGGAGCUCAAUAGAGGUCUCAAGCACAUUGAAGAAUGUUAAAUUGAUGAAAAAUCCAAUGUCUACUUCUAUUAGCAAUGAUGAAGAUGCUAGCAGCUUGAGCCUCCAAAGGCAUGGCUCCAGCAUAAAGGAUGACUCUAAUGUUUCUCUGGAGCCCAGUGGAAGGGUAUCAAAAGACCUUGCAGCUCCCAAUUUAUAUAGAAAAUCAAGAGCAACCAGCAGUGCUGCCACUGAUGCACAGAGCCUUUAUGCAAGAAAGAGAAGAGAAAGAAUAAAUAAGAGAUUGAGAAUAUUGCAAAAGCUUGUCCCUAAUGGAACCAAGGUUGAUAUAAGCACCAUGCUUGAGGAAGCUUUCCAAUACGUGAAGUUUUUACAGCUACAAAUUAAGCUUCUGAGCUCUGACGAUCUGUGGAUGUAUGCUCCAAUUGCUUACAAUGGAAUAAACAUUGGAUUAGACCUCAGUAUUUCCCCAACCAAAGGAAGAUGA